AUGUCUCCACGAGUCAGCCAAGAAAGCAAAAUUUCCCAAGAAAAUGGGAGCUCCCAAAACACAAGUCCUCAGCUACCAAUCGAAUCUCUGCCUGUUCCUGUCCAGGAUGAGUUCCCCCUUGUUUCACAACUGACGCAGGGCCUUGAGGACUGCGACUGGGAGCAACUGCAAAACAAAUAUUCCGAUUCAAUGGAAGAACACAGCCGAGUGGAAGAGAAUCUUCGCAUUGAAACAGCAAAACUGCUUGAGGUUUUUAUGGCCUGGUCUCAAACCACUGUGUUGCAAGAUGAAAAUCGGGCAUUGAAAAGAUUCAAGACCCAGAUGCAGCAUGUUCAACACUCGGAAGUCAGCAUGGAAAACAAAAGAAAGCAUUAUAUGGAGGUGGUGAAGGCUUUCCAAAGUGCUCUUGCGCUACUCAACGAGCAGCUCAAGAUUUGA